AUGGCGAACCGCGUCGGCGAGUCGUCGUCCUCGUCGUCGAGCGCCAGCGGCGCCGGGAAGGACUCGGGCAGCUUCGAGUGCAACAUCUGCCUCGAGCUGGCCCAGGACCCCGUGGUGACCCUGUGCGGCCACCUCUUCUGCUGGCCGUGCCUCUACGAGUGGCUCCACGUCCACGCGCACUUCCCCGAGUGCCCCGUUUGCAAGGCCAAUGUCGAGGAGGACAGGCUCGUCCCCAUCUACGGCCGUGGCAAGACCUCCGCCGAACCGCGGCCGAGCUCGUCUGAGGGGCCGCAGAUCCCGAGCAGACCGUCCGGGCAGCGGCGCGCCACUGCUCCGCCGCCUGAUCACCGUGACCAUUACCCGCACCCGAACCAAAACCCGUGGUUCCCUGGUGCAGGCGCCAUGGCCGGCGGUCGGUGGGGGAAUUACACAUUCUCCGCCGCGAUCGGGGGGCUGUUCCCUCUGCUGAACUUCCAGGUGCACGGGUUCCCGCCGGCGUAUGGACCCGCUGCCGGGAUUCCUUACGGGUACGGGCAUGACUUCCAUGGGUGGCACGGGCAUGGCUUCCCGCCCCAGGCGCCGCAGGGCCAGCAGGUCGAUGUCUACUUGAAGAUGCUGCUGGUCCUCGUCGGUGUGCUUGUCAUCGCUAGCUUAAUUGCAUUUUAG